AUGGAACUUAGAAUGGAGAACCUCAGCAACCUUCACACCGUUUCACACUCUCAGCCAACGGACAGUUUUAUGAACUCUGCUCCUACGAGACAGUCGGUGUCGCACCGGAACCUGGAAUCGUCCAGCAUGGUGUCUAGCAUGGCCUCGAUCCUGGACGCGGCUGGCGAUUAUCGCAGCGACCACUCUCUUCCCGCCGCUAUGACGAUGUCCUGCGAGUCUGGGAUGAGCCUUAACAGCACCUACACUACUCUGUCACCGUUACAGCACCUGCCCUCGAUGUCCACGGUAUCGGACAAAUUCGCGCACCACCAUCAUGCACACCCGCAUCAUCAUCACCAUCACCCUCAUCAGCACCAGCAUCAGCAUCAUCAGCAUCCCGCGCACCAGCGCCUGACCGCCGGGAAUGUUAGCGGCAGCUUCACGUUAAUGCGCGACGACCGCGGCUUUGCUCCGAUGGGCAACUUGUACGCACAUUACCCCAAAGAGAUCUCUUGCAUGGCACAGCCGCUUUCACAGCUGUCCAACGGCUUGGGUGGUCUCCACAACCCUCAGCAGCCUCUCGGAGUCUACGGACCUUGCGCUCACGACAAGAUGAUCUCUCCAGGAGGCUUCGAGGCUCAUGCAGCGAUGCUAAGUCGGGGGGAUUUUGGGGGGGCCGGAAUCAUGUCCACUCUAAACGGUCUUCAUGCCUCGCAGUUGCACUCUAAUGGAUCUAUGCUGUCGGAACACGACAGGCACGAACCCGGAGGUACCCAGGCAGGCGGAUCUGGGGAAGCAGAGGAGAUCAACACGAAAGAGGUGGCACAGAGAAUAACGGCCGAACUGAAAAGGUACAGCAUUCCACAAGCUAUCUUCGCCCAGCGGAUAUUGUCUCGGUCCCAAGGCACUCUCUCGGACCUUCUGCGGAAUCCUAAACCGUGGGGGAAACUAAAAUCAGGACGGGAGACGUUUCGGAGGAUGUGGAAGUGGCUCCAAGAGCCCGAGUUCCAGCGCAUGUCGGCGCUUAGACUCGCAGCUUGUAAGCGAAAAGAGCAAGAGCAGCUGAAGGAGCAAAAUGCAGUCCCUAAAAAGCAGCGCCUGGUGUUCACUGACCUGCAGCGGCGCACACUUAUUGCCAUCUUUAAGGAGAAUAAGCGGCCCAGCAGAGAAAUGCAGCUGACCAUUGCACAACAGCUGGGCCUAGAGCUCAACACAGUGAGCAACUUUUUCAUGAACGCCCGGCGUCGCUGCACAAGCCGUUGGCAUGACGAGCACCAGCAAGGCCGUGGAAGCAGCCCUGGGCAGUCUGGCACCUCCACUGCCAAUUUCUCCAAAGCCUGA